AUGGAACCAAUUUUAAAUUCAAAUGAAGGUAAACAAGUUUGGUAUAUUACAGGUUGUACAAGUGGAACUGGUUUAUCUUUAGCCAAAAAAUUGUUAUCAUUAGGACAUAGUGUUGCUGGUACUACAAGAGAUAUUAAUAAAUUAAAACAAUUGAGUAUUUUUAAUGAUAAAUCAUUUUUGGGAUUACAAGUUGAUAUUGUUUCCAGUAAAUCAGUUAGAGAAUCAAUUGAAAAAACUAUUGAGCAUUUUGGUGAAUUAACCCAUGUAAUCAAUAAUGCAGGAUAUGGAAUUGUAGGCUCCGUUGAAGAAGUAUCAGAAGAAGAAGACAAGAAAUUAAUGGAUGCCCUUUACUUUGGUCCUUUAAAUGUUAUUCGUUCAGUUUUACCUUAUUUCAGAUCAAGAAACAAUGGUUACAUUUUUAAUGUAAGUUCAAUUGCUGGUAUUAAAGGCUAUCCAAGAUUUGGUAAUUAUAGUGGUGCUAAAUUCGCAUUGGUUGGUUUAACUGAAUCAUUAGCACAAGAUGUUUUACCAUUUAAUAUUAAAGUUUCAUGUAUUGUACUUGGUUAUAUUGCUACCGGUUUCCAAAGUGCAAAUGAUUAUUGUAAAAAUUUAAUUCCAGAAUAUCAAAGUCGUCAAAUAUUUGGUUCAAUAAUGAAACAUAUUGAAGAAACUGUAACUGCUGGUGACCCUGAUAAAGUUGCUGAUGUUAUCAUUGAAAACUCUACCAAAUCUGAAUUACCAUAUAAUCUUUUCGUUGGUCCACUAAGUACUUUUGAAAUGGCUGAAUCUAAAGUCAAUGAAAUUACUCAACAAAUUCAAUCUCAAAGAGAAAGAAAUUCAAAUAUUUUAAUUGAAAAAUAA